CAGUCCUCUUCUCUGCUAAAACCCUGCAAAAACCUCAGCAAAUGGCUGUAACUCCGCCUCCUCUCCUCUUUCCCACCUCAUUUCAUUCUCAUUCUCGGCGGAUUACCUUCUUCUCUUUCAAAUCUCCAACCCCAUUUCGCAUCAAUAGCGUCUCUGCGAAAAAACCCAUCUCCCUUUCUCCCAAAUCAACCUCUCCCUGCCUCAGAGAAGAGCUCGAGACCGUCAACAUCGCCGACGAUGUAACUCAGUUGAUUGGGAAAACUCCAAUGAUAUAUCUCAACCAUGUUGUGGAAGGUUGUGUAGCAAAUGUUGCUGCAAAGCUCGAGUCCAUGGAGCCUUGCCGAAGUGUCAAGGAUAGAAUCGGGCAUAGUAUGAUAUUGGAUGCUGAAGAAAGAGGAGUUAUUUCUCCAGGAAAGACAAUUUUAGUAGAACCGACUAGUGGAAAUACAGGAGUUGGUAUUGCUUUUGUUGCUGCAGCCAGGGGAUACAGGCUUAUUGUAACCAUGCCUGCGUCUAUACAUCUCGAGAGGCGUGUUCUUCUUCGCGCAUUUGGGGCAGAGAUUGUUUUGACGGACCCAACAAAAGGAAUAAAAGGAGCCGUUGAUAGAGCCGCAGAAAUAGCCCGCACAACACCAAAUGCUUACAUGUUUAAGCAGUUUGAUAAUCCGGCCAAUACAAAGAUACACUUCGAAACUACAGGCCCGGAAAUAUGGGAGGACACCCUGGGCAGUGUUGACAUUCUUGUUGCGGGAAUUGGAACUGGAGGUACCGUCACAGGCACGGGGCGGUAUCUGAAAAUGAUGAACCAAGAUAUUAAGGUAGUUGGAGUAGAACCGGCCGAGACAAGUAUUAUUUCUGGGGAACAUCCAGGUUAUGUGCCGAGCAUUUUGGAUGUUAAAUUGCUUGACGAGGUUUUGAAGGUGACGACUGGUGAAGCAGUUGAAAUGGCAAGGGAGUUGGCAUUGAAGGAAGGGUUGCUGGUUGGUAUUUCUUCCGGAGCUGCUGCCGCUGCUGCAAUUAGUGUUGCGAAAAGACCUGAAAAUGCUGGAAAGCUCAUCACUGUGGUUUUCCCAAGCUUCGGCGAAAGAUACAUCCCCACUAUUCUUUUCCAUUCCAUACACGAGGAAGUUCGGAAAAUGCGAGAAACAUAAUGAUUUUAAACCGUUAAAAAGGAAGAGAUACAUCACCAUAAUGGAAAGAAAGUGUCUUCAUGUCAUGGGAGACAUCCACAAAUUACUGUAAAAGAGCAGACGAAAAGCGGGAAUGCAAAAAAAAGCAUAAAUGUCAUAUAUUAAGGUAAUCUUUCACCUUUUUUUCUUUAAUGUAAUGUAGUCUCCAGAUCGAAAAUUUUCAUUCUCUACCAAGUUUGCGGAAUCCCAAAGAAAUGUAUUUUUGAGAGAUGGAAAUGCAGGUUUUUCACCCCCUUUUUGUUGAA